AUGACCAUAGCUGAAGCACACUUGCAUCACUUGCCUGAUAAUCACCUCGCAGUCACUCGGGAACAGAAUGAGAGUUUCAGGCAUUAUAGCUGGACCCCAGACAUCGUGGGCCAUGCAAAGAACGUCAUGUCCAGUCCCAUCCACUCAGGGUGGACUCGUCCAUUACCCAAGCCGAAGUCACUGAGGUUCCUGGUGAGCUUCAUGGUAGAUGCCAGGGGUGGAUCUAUGAGAGGAAGUCGUCACAACGGUAUGCGCAUUAUCAUCCCACCCAGGAAGUGUCCAGCACCAACUCGAGUCACAUGCCGCUUAUCAAAACGCCAAUGCCUGCCACACCCACCUCCCAUGGUGGAGGGUGAGGGGCUUGUUAGCAGGAUAGUAGAGGUGGGACCAGCUGGAGCCCAUUUUUUGGGGCCAGUGAUUGUGGAGAUCCCACAUUUUGGAUCAAUGCGUGGAAAGGAGCGUGAACUGAUUGUACUGCGCAGUGAUAAUGGUCAUACGUGGAAGAAACAUCACUAUGACUGCCGUGAAGAAGAUCUCAUUGCUCUGCUGAAUGGCAUGGAUGAAGAACUGGACAGCCCUGCUGAGCUGGAGAAGAAGCAUAUCUGCCGCAUCAUUACUAAAGACUUCCCACAAUACUUUGCAGUUGUGUCUCGUAUUAAACAGGAGAGCAACUACAUAGGUCCUGAGGGUGGAGUGUUAACCAGCGAAUCUAUUCCAAUGGUAAGGGCUGCCUUUCCUCCUGGAGCACUCACCAAGAAGAUACAUGUCAUCUUACAGGCUCAGCCAGUGCCAGAGGAAAUUGUGUGCAGUAUGAUUGAUAACCGAGCCUCAUUCAGCCCCAUUGUAACCAUAGAACCCAGGAGAAGGAAGUUUCAUAAGCCUAUCACCAUGACAAUCCCUGUCCCACCCAGAGCUAAAGGUAAAGCUAAAGGACAUAAAGGAGGCACUGUUCCCUGCUUGAGACUGCUCUGCAGCAUCACAGGUGGCACUUCUCCAGCUCAGUGGGAGGAUAUCACUGGCACGACUCCACUCUCCUUUAUCACUGACUGUGUCUCAUUUACCACAAAUGUUUCAGCCAGAUUCUGGCUGGCAGACUGUCCACAAGUGAAUGAGACAGUUGCUCUGGCAACCCCAAUUUACAAGGAGUUGAUUUGUGUGCCAUACCUUGCCACAUUUGUAGUGUUUGUAAAGCCCAUUGACUUUGCAGAAGCACAGCUGCGUUGCUUCUGUAUGACUGAUGAUAAGGUGGACAAAACACUUGAGCAGCAGGAAAACUUUGAAGAAGUGGCAAGGAGCAAAGAUGUUGAGAUUUCAGAGGGAAAGCUCAUCUAUGUAUAUUGCUAUGGCAAUCUGUAUCCUGUCAGCAAGACCAGCCAGCAGCUUGUUUUUACCUUCCAUGCCUUCAGAGAGAACCGACUACCUUUCAAUGUCAAGGUGUGGGACAUGGAACAGGAGCCAUAUGGAAGACUAUCAUUUCUCAAAGAGCCGAAGACUACUAAAGGCCUUCCACAGAGCGCUAUCUGCAAUCUUAAUUUCACACUGCCAGAACAAAAGAAGGAGAUGAAGACAGAACCUGAUGAUGAGAGUGAAAGACCUGAUCAACGUCAUAUCACUGCUUCUUUAGCAUUACGGCAGCGCUUCAGUUGUCUGUCUGAUCCCACAUCCAAAAAGACCACAAGAGGAAACACUGCUCUGAAAACCGCAUUACAGACUUCUGGCUAUUCCAACAAACCUGCUUUUAUGACACACCAAUACCAUGCUUGGGUAACCAACUCAGCUGCUAAUGCCAGUGGCCAAGCCAAGACAAGAUUUGUCUCUCUCUCUAGCUCAUCCUCCAACACUCCAUCUGCCUCACCACUGAGGUCUGUGUUGUCAAAAAAAUCUGACUCCCCCAUCAGAUCAGUCAUUAGAGGCUCAUUUACACCUAUCAAGUCCGUCAAUGAUGUUGCAUUACCAGUAAACUCCUACAGAGCUGUCUCCUCAUCACAAAAGAUAGUGGCACAACAAGCCCAGUACCCAGUUCAGGCAUCUCUGACCCUCUUGUCAUCUCCAGUAAAAAAUGCCCCUGACUCUGUUAAAGACUUGCCAUCCCUUUCAGGCAGAGCCUCUCCACUCCCAGCUGAUGGCUCACUGCUAGAGAAGUCCUUUAUCACUAUGACUCCACCUCCUUCACCUAAGUCUUCUCUGAACAUGCAUUACUCAAAUUUUUCAUAUAACUCCGUUGACAGUUCAAAUGCUCCAACAGCUUCCCCCAUUAAAACAUUCUCAGGGCUCUCCACAAUCAAAACAACUAGUAAUACAUCCAGCUCUCAUAGUUCUCCAACUAAAUAUUACUCCUCAUCACCCAUCUUUCUCCUGUCUGACAGCCUACAAGAAAGGAUACAGGCUACAACAAUUGCUGCCACAACCAGUGUUAAUGCUCCAUUUGAUGAAGUAGAGAGGACACUAAACUCUUGCUCUGCGGGCUAUGAAACACUUAAGGCUGUGUUAUCUUCUCCACCUUCCUCCUAUCAGUCUAUUCAGUCUUCAGGUUCUGUCUAUAACUCUCUUAGAUCCCCCCCCAACUCCACCACUUCUGUCACCUAUAGCACAGUUGCAAUGCCUGUUUAUUCAGUUAUGAAAGUUUUGCCAGAACAGCAGUUUAAAAAGCUUCCUGACAUCUCCAAAUCAACAGCAGCACUCUUGUCCCACAGAAAAGCUAUGGCACCAGAGGCUAAAGCCCAAAGGCAGUCUACCUCUUCCAGAAUUCUGUCCUCUGAUAAAAUUUUGCCAUUAAUGUCCCCUGCCACCUCCUCAUCCCCUCUCUCAAACAACCAGGAGAUGCUGAAGGAUGUGCAUGCAAUGAAGGAGGAUUUAAUCAGAAUGUCAGCUAUUUUGCAAACUGACUCCAAAGGCUUCCAGUCUGACUCAUGUAAGGAACGUAAAACAGAAGAUGAGGAACCAUACACUAUUAUGGAGAAAGUCAAACAAGACUUAUUUAAAGUUAGUGAGAUACUAACCAAUGAUAUUCUGAAGGAAGAUAAAACGUACAAGAAAGGCAACAAGGCUGAAGCUUUAGAGGAUGCUAUUAAUAACCAACAAAAUGGAUGGAGGUACCCCCCUCGAUAUGAGACAGUAGCACCUCAGGUCAAAACAAGAGUUAUGACUGACAGAGAUUUUAACUUGGCAAAAGUGGUUGACUAUCUAACCAAUGACAUUGGCACACAUUCCUUAUCCAAAAUUGUAACAGCAACACAGACAAAUGAAGAAACCAAGAGUGAGAAAAAGGAAAAACAUAAACAUGUCUUAAUACCUGCUAUGGCAUUUCAAGAGUGCAAGGCCAAAAUGCCCCCAUUGAUAAUGUGCUCUUCACCAUCAGAGAAAGAACUAUCUAAGUUAGCAGAUGCAUUACUUGGUACAGAAGCCAUUCUAGGCUCAGAUGAUGUCUCAUAUGAUCAAGAUAAAAGUCCCCUGUCAGACAGUGGGUUUGAGACUCGGAGUGAGAGGACACCCUCAGCUCCACAGAGUGCUGACAUCAUAGGACCCACAGCUCCCUUCCAGGAAAUCUCACCAGUCAUUACUGAAACACGGACUGAAACUGUACAUGUCAUACGGAGUUACAAACCUCCAGAGGACACCAAUGAACUUAUAGCGGAUGAGGUUAAAAUGGCAAGUUCUCCAGCCCAAUGCACUGACACAGAUUUCAGCUUACCUCGUGACUACAAUAAAGAUAGAGUAAAAGCUUGCCAAGCCAGAUAUAGUCCAGAGGAAGAUAUCAUGUGUAAAGGCAUGCAACUUAAAGAAGAGACUCACAUAACAACCACUACCCAAAUGUUAUAUCACAGACAGACAAAUAAGGAGAGGUUUGAAGAGACCAUUAUAAAAUCCUUACAGUCUGGCCAAGAUCCUUCCAGAGAGUUAACUGGACUGCUUGAACAUCAGGGAAGGAAUGAGGGAUGGAAAGACCCACAAAGCGCUCUGAACAAAGAUUCAGUACCCAAAGUGGAACACAUUAUUGAGGUUCACAUUGAAAAAGGAAAUAAAACUGAACCUAUAGAGGUCAUCAUAAUGGAAACCAAAAAUCACCCUGAGAAGGAAAUGUACAUUUAUCAACCUAGCAGCAGGAAGAAUGCAUUUCAAAACAGACAGGAAGUGGAAAAAGUAAUCCUCCCUUCCUUACAGGAGGACAGUAUCAAGGCCACCACUGUCCAGUUAAUGACCAGAGACUUGUGCAAAACUCUAAAAUUACAAAGACCACACUCAAAAAAUUCAUCAAUUAUUAGAAAAGAGUCAAAUAAAAUUACAGAUAAAAUGCUACUCACUGAGAAAUUCAAUUCUUAUUCUGACUUGGAGGAAUAUUUGACUGAAAGGUCUCAUUCUUAUGAAGGGAGAACACAUGAUGACUCAAUGAGAUAUGUCAUGUUUAAACCAGAGACACCAGGUAGUGUCUUAGAUGGCAAUGAAUCCUGUGAUAAUCUAGCCCCACUGCAUGUUUCAGAUCCUGCUAGUCCAAAGAAGUCCAUUUGGACAAGUGUAUCUGAGAACAUGCAGGGAGGAAGUACAGAGAAAUUUAUAUUUGAGGACAGGAUAGAUAAAACUGUCAAAGAAGCAGAGAAAAAGCUUAGUGAGGUCUCAUUAUUCUUCCAGGAUAAAACAGAGAAACUGAAGGAUGAGCUUCAGACCCCUGAGAAGAAAAAUCAUAGGCCAAACAUUCAAGAAACUCAGUCUGGACCCUGUUCUACCUGCAGCAGUCCAGUAAGAACAGUAUUGAAGAAUGGUGCUGGUGCAGAACAGUGGAGCAGAGAAAGGUUCAGAGACAAUUAUGGUCCUUGUGAUUGGAAGUGUGCCAGCCUUCCAAGUAGCCCAGAGGGAUGUGUUUUGCUUCAAUAUAAUGAUGAUAAUGGAAAACAAGGGGACUACUCCUUGGCAAGUAGUGCAAGUAAAUCAUCCAAAUGUUUUCAGCCAUCAACAUCCAAGAUUAGCUUAGUUAGAAGGAAAUAUGGAGCGGCGGGUAAAAAACAAGAGAAGAUGCCUCAAUGUGGUCAAACUUCUGGAGCACUAGUAAAUAAGCUGCAGGAAAAUAAAUUAUCCAUCUAUCAGGUAAUUACUGGAGGGAAUCUCACAAAUCCAACAGAUCCAGGUGAACAGUGCCCAAAGGAGGUUCUUGAUAAAAGUAUUAAUGUAGUCUGCAUUGGUGUUGACCAUGAACAGUUUGGUUAUACAGAGAGUGUGACUCCAAGUGUCACAACAGAUAUCAAACCUUUAUCAGUUUAUGUCAGCAUUCCAGUGGGCAAGCAGUAUGAGAAAGAGACAGCUACUGGAAACCCUACAACCUGCAAAAAAGUAGAGAGCCAAACAACACAUGAGGCAAAGGAAGUGUUUUGUACUGUUAAACAGAGAAAGCAGCCUUCACCUCAAGGGAACCCAGAGGAUGAUGCACUACAGCAUAUAAUCUUUAUGGACAGUUCGAGAAGAGGUCCCAGCACUCCUGAGACACCCAGAUUUGAAGAGGUUAGUUAUGACUUAAAUUCCAGAGCACCACACUCUGUAAUUGGUUCUAUGGCAUGUGUUCCUUGCCCAAUUCCAGAGGAGUCAGAGGAAAAUGAGCAACCCAAGGCCUUUAUUUUCAGGAACGUCCCAGCAGAGAAAGCCAAAGCUGUUACUUCACCAGAAUUCUCUGAAAGGAACCAUGAGUCACUUGGAAAAAGAAAAAAAGGCAAACGGGUCGUGUACUUUGAAUUUCCACCACUUUUACCCCAAGACACUCAACAGUCUGACCAGAUGGAAUUGAAGAAGGGCUCACCACCUUCUGAGGCAGACACAGAGAUGAUGGAGGUGAAUCUUCAAGAGGAGCAUGACCGACACCUUUUUGCAGAGCCUGUGAUUCAAAUCCACCCACCAUCUCUUCUCCCACCUGGGGCUGAUGACAAUGAUUCCAGUGAUGAUCAGUCUGUCAUUAAGCCCAUUCCUCUCAAGAAGUACAACUUCACAAUUACUCAGAAUGAUAAAAAAUGCAUCAAAUCUAGGAGUCCAGACAGAAAUGGCUCCCAUCACAAAGAUUCACAAAGUAUAAAUGGUGUCAUUAAGGGAGAUGUGGAGGAUGAGCAAAAUAGCAAUGAUCAGUCUGUUACUGAUUGUUCUAUAGCAACAACUGCUGAGUAUUCCCAUGAUACUGAUGCCACAGAGAUAGACUCUCUGGAUGGGUAUGACCUGCAGGAUGAGGAUGAUGGGUUGAGUGAUACCAAAAUGUCAAGCCUUUCAAAUGAUGGAAAAACAGGUAACCACUCCUUCAGCCAGAUCAAACUGGAGGUUAGGAAAGAGGGUACCCCAAAUGAGGAUGCUGGAGAAAAGACGAAAUCUUUUAGCAAAUUGUACCAAAAAACAGAAAGUGGUACAGAUCAGUGCAAGGUCUACUCUUUGGAGGGAAGACACCCUGAUAGACAGGAGUUUGCAGACAGCCAUUUCAACUACAAGCUUGAGGAGGAAUUACCUUCUACUGUUGCCACAAAAGGCUUGAAUUUUGAUCCAUGGUCAAACAAAGGAGAAGAGGACGAAGUGUUUGAGCCCAGAAGCAAAGAUGAAGAUCCAAAACCUUUUGAUUUAUUGAUGGAGGACAAAUCACAAGCUACAACACCAGACAUCACUCCAGCUCGAACACCAACCGAUGACAGCACCCCAACUAGCGAGCCUAACCCCUUUCCCUUCCAUGAGGGAAAGAUGUUUGAGAUGACCCGUGGUGGUGCUAUUGAUAUGAGCAAGUGGGACUUUGUUGAAGAGAGGCUUCAGUUUUUUCAGAUUGGUCCACAGAGUCCAUGUGAAAGAACAGACCUUCGCAUGGCUAUUGUGGCUGAUCAUCUGGGACUUAGCUGGACUGAGUUGGCACGAGAAAUGAAUUUCUCAGUAGAUGAGAUCAAUCUCAUUCGCACUGAGAACCCUGACUCCCUCACUAACCAGAGUUUCAUGCUGCUGAAGAAGUGGGUGAGCAGAGAUGGAAAAAAUGCAACCACGGAUGUUCUGACUGCUGUGUUGACCAAAGUGAACCGGAUGGAUAUUGUGACUCUGCUGGAAGGGCCCAUAUUUGACUAUGGUAACAUUUCAGGCACCAGAAGUUUUGCAGAUGAUAGCGCUGUGGAGAAAGCAGAUGGUAAAGUUUAG